AUGGCCUCUUGGAUCUGCACUUUUUUCGGAUGGCUGUGCCCCGUCCAGCCCAGCAAACAUAGGUGUAUUUGCGAUCAGUCAGUUCACAAUGAGCGCUAUGAGAGCAUUCUGUCAAUGGAGCUUCCGACUCUACCGCCAAAGGUUAUGCUAUCUGAGUCCCCCUCCAAGCCAGGUACAAGCCUAAUUGUCGAGCAAAGGCCUCACUUUCCCGCCGAUGAGAUUUUGUGUGUUGAGCGCUUCGAUGGGAUCGUAUACGGUACGCGAACAGGAAAUAUGCCUCGUGUGCAAGCAAGGGUUCGGACACUUUUUCAUCCCAAAGGCGUACUGGCAUACUUCAGUUUGGAAACUUAUGAGCAAGCGCCGAACUCUCUAGAAGCAGUUCGGGAGGUUGGUGAAGAUUGGGACUGGCUGAAGAAGAAAUAUGGCGAGGACUGGGCUUUUCGUUCUGGAAGUACCAUAAAACUGUAUCCCGUUGCAGCUCGGUCAAAUAUUAGUCCAUGCAGGGUGAAAUGUGCCGCUCAACUAUUGAUCCUCCUUGAUACUGAUCGCUACGACCCUCGCUCCGAGGCAUAUGCCUUGAUUACGGACCAGUUCUUGCGCUACUUACGGACUCUCUGCGAAGCCGAUUUGGGACGGUGGGCCCUGAAAGAUCGUGAGACGCCACUAAAAGACAACGAAUUAUGGGAGUACGUCUGCUGCGCGCUGUGCCCAAAGCUGAACAUGCGUGGAACCAUGCCGAUUGGUGAUGGAGGUCAUUAUGCCCAAAAUGGUGGUCGUCCCACACCCGCCAUUUUCAAAUCCUUCCCGCGGUAUGAUGAAGACAACGGCGUUGUUUAUCUGGAAAUCGAGGGAGAAAUGCGACGCUGCCAUAGCGUGCCUUUUCGAAAUCGACAGCUUCUAGACCUGGAAGCAGUGGGAAUUGACCUCGUGGACCUUGAAGGGGAUGAGUGA